AUGGACAAGCCGCCUCUAGUUCCCAUGAAUCCGUCUUCUUCCCCUAGCUCUGUUGAUCUUACUUCUACCUUGCCCCUUCCUGUCCCUGGGGCUCAUGGCAGACCUCGCUCCCCAGACCAGGUCGAGGGUGAGGGCGAGGACGAGGGCGACGGUCGCUACCAGACCCUCGACGCUCUUCCACCCUCUCUUCAUGUUUCGACAAGCUUGCCCAUGUCUGAAGUCGAUACUGUAUUUUCCAUGUAUCAACCAACUUCUACACAGGCCAGCAUCAUCAGCAGACGCGAUGUAGACAUGUCCGGUCCGGCUCCACCACAUCGUCCUCCACCGUCCUGGAAAGCUGGCCUCGAUGAACCAUCACGUCCUCCUCCUCCUCCUCCUCCACCUCCACCGCCGCCGUCGUAUCUUCGACCUCCAAUGAUAUGGCCACAGUCACUUCCGUUGGGGCCGACUCGAAUCCCAUUUGGCAGACCCCCGCCUCCACCACCGCCUGGAGAUGCUUUCGUCCAUACGAACCUACGACCACCACUCUUAUACAGCCGUGACGCGGUUCUCUUCCAACGACAGUCACCUCAGCAAAUACCACCACCGCCGCCGCCUCCGCCUCCCCGUCCUCCUGGCACGCCGACCGCCUCAGUAUUUCAUGUUUCUAAUGGUACCCCAACGCAACCCCAGACUCCGAACUUGAGGCCACCAAGAGGGUUCACUGGCUUUGGCCAAUCACCCAACACCCAUCAGUUAAUUCAAGGCAAGAGUCUCACGAAUCUCUCAGUCCCUCAAACAAGUCGACAUGAACUCGGUGGCUCUACUUCAAGAUCCCCAUCUUCGAGCUAUACCAUACCACGAUUGAUUGACGAUGGGGCCUCCUCCUACGAUUCAUUAUCUGAUGAAGACUCACUUGUCUUCAGAAACUCGCGGCAGUUUCCUCCGCUAUACCCAACUGCGUCCACCCUGAACUCGCAAGGGAGGAAUCGCAAAACAUCCAUGACAAACCGUAUAACGACUUGGAUAUCCGAGUACGAGCGGGAUCGCGCACCAAAAGAUCGAUUGGACUUGAGUGCCAGCCUGGAACCACUUUUAGAAACCACUAGAGGCGAUAGAAGCCACCUAUCAAAAGAAUCUGUGCCUUCCGAGGAUACCCUUGAGCUCCUCUGGAUCAAGCUCAAAGACCAACGCGUCAAGUUGAAUGAUAUCAAGAGCCAGAUGGCUAAGAAGAGGAAGAGAUUGAGGGAGUUGCGUCGAAACAGAGACGACGCAGAUAAUGCCUUCAUGAGUGUCAUCCGGCCCAUGCUUAUCACCCACCAAGAACAACUCGAAACAUCACCUGUCAACCUGGAAAGACGCCUAGCAGAUUUGCAACGUCUCAGGACUGAGUAUCAAGCUUUUGAAAACGACUAUGAAGAUCUUGAAGUCACUCUCGACGAAGAAGAAGAGACGCUAAACAGACUAGAAAUUCGCUUCUUUAGUUUGCUGGCAGUUGACCAGGUUACACCCCUUGAGGAAUCACCCGAGGACGAACCUCAGGACGAGCAGGACAACAAUAUACCAAACGAUUUAAUGGGAAUCCUUCCCAGAGGUCCUUCUGAAGACGUGCACCCUCUAUUCCUAGAACUUAUGGCCGCAGUAGGUGAUCUCGAGAACGCCAAAGAAGAGCUUGAUGAGCUACUCUUUCUCAAAGAACAGCACGAAGGCGAAUUGAGGAUGAAAUCUGCAGCGGGUAUGGAAUUGAAUGAGGCUGAGAUCGAAUUCUUCGACGAGUUCCCGUUGGAAGAGGAACAGAUGCGCAGUAGCGUCACUAACUUGGAACAACAAGUAGCAGAUCUCCGAAAGCUGUGCGAGGAGAAGGGGGCGAUGAAGAAGCAUUUGUCAUCGCGAGUAUCUUAUCUUCUGUACCCCGAGGCCGGAUAUGAGGAUAUAGAACUCGACAGCGUCUCUGUAAUCUUGCGCACCCGGCCGGAUCUUGCCGAUCCGACAUUCCCUGUGAUUAUAAGCCAACCUGAGCACAUCGUGGCUGAAGACUUCCCUCUUACACCAAGCGGAGCCCUCAAGGCGGCAGCAGCAUUACCAGCAACUGAUCCGGACAAACCGGGCCGCAUGCAAGUCGCAUCCAAGGAAUAUUCUAUUGACCGACUCAUGUUGGAUCAUGGCGAGGGCGGAAAGGGAGAUUUUAUCAAUAGAUGGCUCUUGCACCAGCUUCGUCUAUCGUCUACGAACGCGCGGUUGCUCCACACGACGUUUACCAAAAGUCGAGGGCUCAAGAUCCGUGAUCUUGAUCGUUGGCAGAGUGACGUGUUGCACUAUUGGUGGAACGACGAGGGUGCAGAGCUGCCCGAAGACAUGGCGCAGCUCGUAACGAGCGAGCACUCCAACGAUGGGUCAAGAGUCGGGACGAAUCGUCUAUCGAGGGCAGUUACCUAUACUCCAGGUAUGCCUGGCGGUAGACAAAGUUACCCGGCUGGGAGCAGUGUUGCUGCGCACUCUGCCUGGGACUGA